CAAGCAUGAAUCAAGAAAAAUUAGCCAAGCUUCAGGCUCAGGUCUGGAUAGGAGGCAAGGGCACAGCUCUCAGAACGAAGAAGGGGGCGCAUAGAACUUUCACAAGAGAUGACAAGAGACUCCAGAGUUCUCUCAAAAAAUUGGCUGUGAAUAAUAUUGCUGGUAUCAAAGAGAUGGACAUGAUUAAAGAGGAGGGGACAGUGAUUCAUUUCAACAAUGCCAAAGUACAGGCUGCCCUCUCCGCCAACAACUUUGUAAUCACUGGUCAUGCAGAAGCCAAGCCAAUCUCAGAAAUGCUGCCUGGAAUACUGAGCCAGCUUGGUGGUGACAGCUUAACGAGUCUUGGGAAGUUAGCUGAACAUUUCCCUUGGCAAGCUUUGGAUAGCAAAGCACCCAAGCCUGAAGACAUUGACGAAGAGGAGGAUGAGGAUGUGCCAGAUCUUGUAGAAAAUUUUGAGGAAGCCUAA